UCGUUGCCAUAUAUAAUGCCGCAUGCGACAUCUAGCUGCUAUCAGAGAAAACAAUUUUACUUUACAUGUUUUGAUGCAGUUUUGCGGACUUACCUUAGUUGGAGAUAAGUAAAAAAAAUGUAUAUGGACGCAUUUUAAAGGUAUACCAAGCUGAUAAAAGUGUUAAUCUUUAUAAACAAUUGACCAUAUAAUGAGGAUUCCAAGAAUAUUUGUCGAUAAAAAGUGUACCAUUAACACCAGCCAACCAUAGAUACGAAAAAGUACAUUAUGAGACUGUAAGACAUUGUGACAAUAUAUUAAGUACGUUCAUACCAUGCCAUAAUGGCGGAAUUUAAUUUUACAUUCACUUACCUUGAGGAGCUUCUGGAACAAAUUGAACGCCAAAUAAAGAAUUAUUCUAUAAAUGAUACAAGUUCUCGUGACGCAGACAUUUACCACGUCCCAGUUGCAAUCGUGGUAGUUCUUGCUAUUUUGUAUGGAUCAAUCUCAAUUAUAGCAAUAAUUGGAAACGGAUUAGUGAUUCUCGUCAUUGCGAAAGAUAAACGAAUGCAAACUGUAACAAAUAUAUUUAUCGGCAAUUUAGCUGUUGCUGAUGUUAUAAUUGGAUUAUUCACGACGCCGUUUCAAUUUCAACCUGCGCUAUUACAACGAUGGGAUUUUCCAGAUUUUCUUUGCAAUGUUGCACCUUCGUUUAAAGUAUUAUCCGUCAGCGUGAGCGUUUUUACACUAACCAUUAUAUCAUUAGACAGAUAUGUUGCAGUUAUAUAUCCAUUGAAAGCUGGGUUUUCGAAGUCUUUGGCAUUUGUAUGUCUUGCAUUUAUAUGGAUUUUGAGUAUCGGUAGCAGCUUUCCCGAAGGGUAUUUUCACUCAGUUCGUCCUGUUUUCGACAGAAAAACAUUAGAAAGUAAGCCGUUUUGCAUACCGGCUUGGCCAACCAAAGACUUUGGAAAAUAUUAUCAUCUGUAUUUGGUGUCGGUACAAUACUUCUUUCCAUUGUUGGUCAUCAAUUUCUCAUAUACAAGAAUUGCUUUUCGGAUCUGGGGAACAAAAGUACCCGGGAAUACCAUUGACAGAGAUAAUGUUCGACAAAGAACAAGACAAAAGGUGGUCAAGAUGCUCAUAAUCGUUGUGCUAUUGUUUGCAUUCUGUUGGAUGCCGUUCCAGCUCUAUGGGAUAAUAGCAGAAUUCCAACCCGACAUAAAUGGGUACAAGUAUAUCAAUGUGAUAUGGUUUUGCUGCAACUGGCUAGCCAUGAGUAAUUCUUGCUACAAUCCGUUCAUAUACGGGCUGCUGAAUGAAAAAUUCAAACGAGAAUAUCGUCUGCUACUGUCGAAGCUUUACUGUGUGAAACGAUGUGCAUCCUCAGACUCCUGGUUUGCUGGGAAUGACAACUCUGAAGAUCGUAAUGAAACAAAAAGAAUUACCCUAACCUUUAGAGCAGGGCAAAGUUUCAGACACGGUACAUCAGCGUUCGCGAAAACAAGAAAUGGAAAUGGAAAAUUGAAUUAUACCCCAAUACCAGCUAAUAACCAUGGUCGUGCAGAGCUGACAGACCAAACAUCAUGCUAGACAUUCCUGUUUUCUCAAACGUUUUAGAAAAUUUAUCUUCACUUGUUUCACACAGAACAUAAAUCAAGCAAAACAUAAUUACUCGUGGCUUUGUCUGUGUCGAGAGAUAGACGAUUUCUCUGAAGAAUCAAAACAAUUAAUCAUUUCAAAAUUGGAACAAUUUCUUUUCGUGAAGUACGAAAGAAGUUUAAAAUAAAUAAAAAAAUAUCACGAAACGUGCAAAAAAGAUCAUCCAACAAAAAUUGACUCUAAAAGUUCUUUUACUAUACAGAAGAAAUAGAAAUGAGUGCGUUAAAUCUUCUUCGAGACAUUUAAUGUAUUUUUAUUUAUUAAUCAUUGUCUGAAAGACUAAAUACACUGCAUUAAAAUACUUGAUUUGUAAAAUAUAUUUUGUAAGUAUUACGUGUUUGACUUAACUUAAAAUUAAUGUUUAUCUGACAAGAAUUAUGUUGUUGUGUAUUAAAAAAUAAAUGUACUUUUCUUUCUUUCUGGUUGUUGAUUAGUAAUAAAUGAAAAAAACAUAUUAUAUAAUGAUACGCAUAUAGCAAUCACAAUUAACUGAGGUAAAAAGGUGAUUAUUUUCACUUAUUUUA